AUGGGUCUCCCUGGCAACGGGAUGCCUCGCAACAACCACUCCAGAAACAUUCGACAUGACAGUCCGAUGGGCACUGGCACCACAUACAACGAUCCCAUCGACCUGGAUGAUCUUCCAGACCCGGUGCUACCAAGCUCAUCGCAUCGACCUCAGCCAGCAACCAUGGCGCCGCGGCUGAAGCAGACCACGAUCCAGCACCUGACGAUCACCAAGGAGAUCGGAGAGGCAUCUAACACUGAUCCCAGGCUCAAGCCAGAUUACAUCGAGUCCCUGCCUGCGCCGAUUCCUGAGAGUCUGCCGAAGAAUGACUUGAAGAUCGAAGACGCAUCCGACUCCGCCAAGACCAUCAUCAUGAAGCGCAUCGCCGUCAUGGCCUCGGGUGUGAAGAACACUGACAGCGGCAGACCGCGAGCCCCAGAGCAGCGCAAGGCCUGCAUCCAGAAACAUCUGCCCUUCGUCAACCAAUGCGUGUCAACUUUGGAGCCCGAGGACCAGAUCGCCUGCAUCGAGCAGUUCAACAUCCAAGUCGUCUGGGAGCACAACAAAACGCUGAUUGCGACGAAGCACGAGGUCGAGCUUGUCCCUUUCCCACCAGAGGCGGUCGCCAAGCUGCGUCAGACGUAUUCACUGGUGCCAACCCCUCCGGCGAUGAUCUUCCAGCAAGCGGAGAGUCUCACUGCGUGGCCGGUUGAGUUCCAGCAUCGUCUCCCGUUAGUUCGCAAGCAGCAGUUGGAGGAUUUGGCGAGUGGUUAUUCGCAGGUCAACCAGACGUGGGACAAGCGCAUGAGGAAGGACUUUGUCGGCAUGUGGGUGCGCCUGUGUUACACGCACAAUGACCGUUUGACGGUGCUGGACCCGGACUAUGUUGUUGUCGGUCUGGUCCGCGGCGAGGUGGGAGACGAUUGA